AUGAACAACCAGCAAUUCCGACGACUGGUACUAGACACACCCUCUGCCAGCACUAGGGCCAACAAGACAAGUCCCGGCAAUGAAACAUCUCCAAAGCAAGGUACAGGCCUGGCCGGUGCAACGCCGCGCGCUCUCGCCCUCGGAUCAAGAAUGCGCUCCAGCAUCCCAAUGACACCGCGCUCAGUAACGAAAGUCGAUUUCGCCCGGCAAUUGGCCGAACAACGCCGCGAGUCCCAGCAGCCACCCACGAAACGGUUCAAGUCGGCCGCCGCUCCCAAAGGCACGAAACUGCCUACCGGGUAUCAGGAUCGAGCUGCGCUGCUGCGGCAAGAACAAGAUGAAAGUCGCUCAGAUAUCGAGAAGCGCGUUCAGGCGCUGGAGGAGAUGGUUACGCUCGGGCAGAUCGACCAGGCGACGUUUGACAAGAUACGGUCUGAGCUUGGGGUGGGCGGUGACCUUAAGAGCACGCACAUGGUAAAAGGUUUAGACUGGGAGCUUCUGAGACGUGUCAAGGCAGGGGAGGAUGUAACGAAAGCGUCCGAGGAAGGGCCGGAUUCGGCCGGACCACAGAAUAUUGAAGGGCUUGAUCAGGCUGAGGAUAUGGAUGAGGAAUUCGACCGUGUUUUAGAGGAGAAGGAGCAGACAGUGCUACCGUCUGCACCGAAGGAAAAGAAGGAGAAGAAAGGCACCAUGGCACCGCCGCCACUGCCUGCGAAGAAAACGCGGGAUGAAAUACUACGAGAGUUAAAAGCUAGCCGUGCGGCAGCGGCAGCUGCUACUACUACGUCGCAUUCUCCUGAGCCAGUGUUGGGUGGCAAAUUCAAGAGAAUCGGUGAAUCCAAGGUUGAAAAAAAAAGGUUCAUUGAGCAAGAUGAGAACGGGAGAAGGAAGGAGGUGCUUGUGAUUACGGAUGCAGAGGGCAAGACCAAGAGAAAAGUGAGAUGGCUUGACAAGCCUGGUGAGGGCAAUGGCUUGCUCGUACCUGAAAAAGACACGAAACCACUGGGUAUGGAGGUUCCGGCCGAAAUUGCUGCUAAGGUGGCAGCCCCUCCUACGGAUCAGGAUGACGAUAUCUUUGAGGGAGUAGGAGCCGAUUACAAUCCGUUAGGGGACGAGGAUGAGGAUGAUAGUUCUUCGGAUCAGGACGAAGGACAGACUCAAACUACAGAAAAUACAGUCAUUAGCACAAAAGAAGAGGAACCCGCUGUCAAGCCGCACAAACCUCGCAAUUACUUCUCGACCUCCGCAAAAGAUGAAUCCCCAGAGUCUGACCGUCGUGCUAACCCCCUAACCACGGAUCCAACUUUGCUGGCAGCGUUGAAGCGGGCUGCUGCCUUGCGGCAGUCGUCACCCUCUGCGGGGGCGGUUGCUGGGGAAGGAGAGGAAGAUGUGGAUAACGAGACUCUCUUACGUCGAAAGAAGUUUCUCGAGGAAGCUCGACGCCGCGAAGAACUGGACGCUGCAGAUUUGGACUUUGGAUUUGGAGGGAGUCGCAUUGAAGACGAGGAAGAUGACGAGGCGAUUGUGUUUGAAAAUGAAGGGGGCAAGAAGAGGAAGAGGGGUCCUAAGAAGAAGAAAGGCGACAAGAAUAGUGCAGCCGAUGUGUUACGUGUUCUGGAAGGGAGGAAGAAAGACUGA